ACUUCAACCAAACUACACCUUCCACUAAUUGUCUGCAAGAUUAUCUUGUAUCACCUCAUUCUCUCAAAAACAGUCUAAGUUUUCGCUUAAAGAUAUGGGGAUUUUCCGCUUGCGAUCAGUAGUUGCUAAUGCAAAACAACUAGUUAAACGUCAAGAUGUUCCCAAAGGAUAUUUGGCUGUGUACGUAGGAGAAGUUCAAAGGAAACGCUUUGUGGUUCCUUUAUCGUAUUUGGACCAACCGCUGUUCCAAGACUUGUUACGUAGAUCAGAGGAAGAAUUUGGGUUCAACCAUCCAAUGGGAGGGCUUACGAUUCCGUGCCACGAAGAAGCUUUUGUUCAUCUCACAGCCCAAUUACGCAUUUCAUAGUUCGAGGACAAAGGAUUUUUGUCAUCUGUCUAACGAUCUUGACUUCACUGUAGUUUCUUUCUUUAGUCCUAGAAAGUAUAAUAGAUGAAGUUGUAAAAAGGGGCAUUCCCUAUUUAUAUAAUUUAUAUAAAUUGGUGAUUUGGUUUA